AUGGCUCUCUUUAUUGGAAGGCUAUCUUUAGAUACCCACCCGCGAGAUCUUGAACACAUCUUUGAUAAAUAUGGACGACUAAAUCGAUUGGAAGUUAAGAGAGGUUACGCCUUUGUCGAAUAUCAGGAUGAAAGGGAUGCCUCUGAUGCUAUGAAGGAGACAGACGGCCUGCGAGUGCGCGGAAAUAGAAUUGUUGUAGAGUGGGCAAAAAAUGGUGGAAAGAAGCCGGGCCAUUGGGCAAAGGACUGUCGUUCAUCUCGAAGGGAUAGGCGUAGGAGCCGGAGUCCAAGAAGAAGGUCUCGCUCUCGUUCUCCAAGACGAUCGUUAACACCGAGAAGGGAUAGAGAUCGUGACAGUCGAGAUCGUGAUGAUCGAUAUUAUAAAAAAUAUUCUGACGACGAAAGAAGUCGCGAAAGACGACAUAGCGGUGAUGAUCGAAGACUUUCGUAA